AUGACUCCCGCCCUCAGGUUGACAGCCUUGAGUUGUGCGAUCGGACCUGUCUACGGGAGAUGGUUUCCAACCGGUCGUGACGCCGUGAAUUGGGGCCCGGCGACACGGACCGCUGCUAUUGCCGAAUUUGAUCCUGCGGAAUCGACCCCUACACCGACGCCCGCGCCCGGCGUCCAGCCGCUCAAUGCUGACCUACGGAAGAGGGACGAGUCGAAGGCUUCGACCUGCGGCUUUCCGGUCGACGACCUGAGCAGGGCGAUCGUAGGUGGUACAGUAGGCGGUGUUGCUGGACUUGCACUGAUCGUCGUCGCCAUCUUGUUUCUCCUUUACCGCAGACGAAGACGGAACAGAGAGCCCUCUGCCCCAGUGGAGCAUGAUUAUCCACAUGCUGGCAUGGUGUACGAACAAGCAGCUCCAGGGUCGCAAUAUGCCUCUACCUUUUACGGAGAAGCGCCUCCGGGGAUGGUACAGACGGCAGACCAGAACUUCUUUGGACAUCCACAUGACGGAUAUGGGACGUCGACAGCGAUGUUUGCGAGGGACGACCACAGCUCUGGCUCGCCGUCUUUCUUUAUUCCGGGCGCGAACCCGGUCACUGGGCUGCGUCCAGGGCCAGGGCCGGGGCCGUCGAAGCAGCAAGACGACCUCGUGUCUCCGAUUGAACCCAGCCCUGUCAGUCACGUUAGUCCCAGCGCGCAGUACAACACUAUGGUGUCGGCCAUCACGAACCUGACACCACCGCCUCCACAGUCGGACUAUUCACAGUUCAGUCCCCCGCCACCCCAGCACUACCAGUCUUAUCGACCGUAUCCGGGUACCUAG